AUGGCCACGCCGUUUACUCUCGCCAGCGAAGCCGCGAGAGGCUUCAGCAACGCUGCGCAGUACGACCAGUACCGGCCUAGCUACCCCGCCGAAGCCGUAGACAAGCUGCUCACGCAUCUAGGGGUGGCAGGUCUGAAGAACGCGCGCGUAGUGGACCUUGCAUGUGGAACUGGCAAGUUCACGGAGUUGUUGACGGCGAGGCCCGAGGAGUAUGAGGUCGUGGGGGUGGAGCCCCAUCGCGAGAUGAGGGAGGAGCUGGUCAAGAAGAACUUGGCAAGAGUCAAGGUUCUCGAUGGGGAUGCGGGCAAUAUGCCGAUUGGGGAGGGGUGGGGAGAUGCGCUGGUCGCGGCGCAGGCGUUCCAUUGGUUUGCUACGGAGGCGUCAUUGAAGGAGAUUCAUAGGGUGUUAAGGCCAGGAGCGGCCUUUGGGAUGAUUUGGAAUGUUGAAGACUACAACGGACCGAAAGCAUGGACACCAACUACGAAAUGGGAGCAGGAACUGAAGGAUAUCAUUGCUGAGCUUGAGGAUGGUCAUCCACGAUUUAGGCAUAUGAUAUGGCGGCAAGUCUUCGAGAAGCAGCAAGAUACCACGCCCUUGCAGACGCUCAAAGACACUUUCGCCCAGAAACUUCCGCUAUUUUCGUUGCCGAUCGGGGAGGAUACUGUUAAAUGGACUGUCUGGCUUAGUGAUGAAGGUGUUUGGAAGAGAUAUAGCACUCUUUCGCAAAUCGCUAACCAGGAAGGCGAGAAGAAGGAACAGAUCCAGGAGAGGGUCUUCAAGGCCCUCAAGGACCCUAGUACGGAGCGGAAUGAAAAAGGAGAGGUUGCGGUACAUGGGGUAACUUAUCUAGCAUGGACCUCUCGAGUUUGA